UGUAGGGUUGAUUCUCCAGCUUGUUGCCGCGCCUCCAGUUCUAGGGUUUUCAGGGUUUCUAGGGUUUCGAUCGGUGGAGAUGGCACCGAAGGAGAACAAGCCGAGGACGGUUAGCCGGAACCCCGACCUCAUCCGUGGGAUCGGGAAGUUCUCCAAGUCAAGGAUGUACCAUAAGCGUGGUAUCUGGGCGAUCAAGGCCAAGAAUGGUGGCGCUUUCCCCAAGCACGCUGCAGCGGCGACGCCGGAGAAGCCCGCUGAGAAGGCCCCCAAAUUCUACCCUGCUGAUGAUGUUAAGAAGCCUAUUGCCAAUCGCCGCAAGCCCAAGCCUACCAAGCUGAGGGCAAGCAUUACUCCGGGCACAGUGUUGAUUCUUCUGGUUGGGAGGUUCAUGGGAAAGAGGGUUGUUUUUCUGAAGCAGCUUCCUUCGGGAUUGCUUUUGGUUACCGGGCCCUUCAAGGUCAAUGGUGUACCACUUAGACGGGUUAACCAAUCUUAUGUCAUUGGGACAUCAACCAAGAUUGAUAUUUCUGGUGUGAAUGUUGACAAGUAUGAUGAUAAGUAUUUCAAAAAGGAAGCUAAGAAGAAGAAAAAGAAAACUGAAGGGGAGUUCUUUGAAACCGAGAAAGAGGAAAAGAAGGCACUUCCACAAGAGAAGAAAGAUGACCAGAAGGCCGUGGAUGCCCAAUUGAUAAAGGCCAUUGAAGCAGUCCCUGAUUUGAAGGCCUAUCUCGGUGCUCGGUUUAGCCUAAGAUCUGGAAUGAAGCCUCAUGAACUUGUUUUCUAAACCUAGCCACUUGGCGAAUCCUUUCUCUUUAUCUAUUUCCUCCACCUUGUGUUUUGGCCUCUAGAUUUUCUUCUUUGUCAGUUUUGAGCUUUUACCAUGUUGAAUUUGAACAUGCUUUGGUUGGUAUUUCAUUGUAAUCUGAGACAGAAUGUUAUCCCUCAAUAUCUGGAUUCUUUAUUA